CCAGUGGGUCCAGGUUUAGCUUGUUAACCGCUGCUAGUAAAUGCCACAACUGCACCAUCUGACUUCAAAAAGCAUCUUUCUCCAUUGACGGCUCUCUUUUGUUCAUCCUCUACAUUAGAUUGAACAAUGCUACACCGUCAAACCGCGUUCAGGACCAGUUCUCCUGUUCGCACCGAUGAUUGAUGGUUAAGAUGUAGGUGUUUACACAGCGUAUAGUCAGCUCUCGGUGUGUGUGUAGGUGUGUUGUUUGAUGUAGAGGGGCACAGUAACUAACUGCACUGGUUCAUGUUCGGUUGAGCCCACACCCUGUGCAUGUGUGGGUGUUGUUGGUCGUAGCUUUAGCUGGAGGUGUAGGCGAGUUGGAGCUUACGCUGCUUGGAGAUUAUAUUCUCUGCAAGUUAGACCGCGAGAGAGAGAGAGAGAGAGAGAGAGAGAGGGAAAGCUGUGCUGUAGGCCGCCGGCUCAAGGCAGAAAUGGCUGCUUGCGGAUGACUCAUACUCCAGCACUCCGAGUGUUUGUCAAGGAGACUGAAUCAUACAGUGUGUGAAGAGGAGGCUGGAGCUUUAUCCCUGCUUUCUGGACGCAGACAUGCUCGGUCUCCUUCCUUCUGAGCGCGACCGGGAGACGCUCGCCCCGCCGAUGCCGUGAGCACUGCCGCUAGAUACGCAUAGAUGAUGGAGAGCAGCCGUGACAGUUACAUUGUGCGCGUCAAAGCGGUGGUCAUGACCCGAGAUGACUCGAGUGGGGGAUGGCUGGCACAGGAAGGGGGGGGCCUCAGCAGGGUGGGCGUCUGUAAGGUGAUGCCUGCUGAGCUGACCGGCCGCAGCGACUUCCUCAUCCACGGCGAGCGCCUCAAAGACAAGCAGGUGAUUUUGGAAUGUUUCGUGAGGAAGGAUCUGAUCUACAACAAGGCCACGCCCACUUUUCACCACUGGAAGGUCGACAACAAAAAAUGCGGCCUAACGUUCCAGAGCCCCGCCGAUGCCCGUGCCUUUGACAGAGGAGUGCGGAAAGCCUUGGAGGACAUAACGGAGGGUUCCACAACUUCCUCUUCAACACUCCAGAAUGAGGCUGAACUUGGGGAUGAUGAUGUGUUCACAACUGCCACCGACAGCUCCUCAAACUCAUCUCAGAAGAAGGAGCUCGCUACACAGCUAGUGGCCACCUCCACCUUCUACGAGCCUCAUCCACAUCGCUGCAUUCUGCAGUACCGGCCGCCUGAGCGCUACAGCCUGGAUCAGAAGUUCUCCAGGAACCCCUUCCCGUUUGAGGAUGAGGAGAUCGUCCGAAUCAACCCCCGGGAGCGCUGGCUGAUCACAGGCUACGAGGACUACCGAGACGCCCCUGUGCCGGACAAGUUCAUCCAACACGAGGACUCAGACUCGUACGUUCACAUCACUAAGAACGAACCCUUAAAGCACGACUACAACUACCCCUACGUGCCCAGCUCCGACUUCAGCCAGUGCGACCUCAAGAGCCACUGCGGGGGCGACGGGGGCGUAGUGGCCACCCAGCCACGGGCGUUCAAGCUUAAGGGCAAGCGAAGGAAAGAGGACGGAGAGCGAUCGCGCUGCGCCCACUGCCGGGACAUGUUCAACCACGAGGAGAACCGACGGGGACAGUGCCACGACGCCCCCGACCCCAUCCGGACCUGCAUCCACCGGGUCAGCUUCAUGUGGUGCGCCGACAGCAUGCUCUACCACUGCAUGUCCGACCCGGAGGGCGACUACUCGGACCCGUGCUCGUGCGACACCAGCGAGGAACGUUUCUGCCUUCGCUGGACGGCCCUGUUGGGUCUGUCGCUGCUGGCGCCCUGUCUGUGUUGCUACCCGCCACUUCACGUGUGCCACCGCUGCGGCGUGGCCUGCGGUUGCUGCGGAGGAAAGCACAAGGCUGUCGGCUGAACCCCUCGCCCGUCCCGAAUGAACCCUAAACUCCCCUCGGAACACUAGCACUGAGGAGGGCAGGAGCGGACGAAACCGACACGGCCCAGUUGACGCUUUUACUGUCCUUAACUUUACAGUCUCUCCUGGUUCCAGAAAACAAUUAAUGCAUUUUCUGGCUUCAAAAUGUUCUCUUUUGGUUGUUUUUAUAAAUAUAAAUAUGAAUAUUAUAUACACUACUGGUCAAAAUUUUGAGAUCAGAAUUAUUUUUAAUGUUUUUACAGGAGUUUCUUAUUCUCAUCAAGG